GCCUUUUUCCACCACCAAAAAAUUGCUGGAAAACUAGUAGCAUAUUCUGUAUACAAGCCAUCAAAUAAACCAAUACAAGGGCUGUCUAGUCAAACUAUAACUCCACAUUUACAACAAACAGUUUUUUCAUCGAACAUUUUAUCAAAAUUUGUAAGAGAUCUAAAACGAGAACAGCAAUUGGAUUUUGGAGACAAGUUGGUGGCAUUGUAA